UGAAUAAUCAUUCCAGAUACAAAAACGAGUUGGGACAUAACGUAAUUGAGCUCCAUUCACACAGAAAAGAAAAAUAUCUGUGAGUAAUAUCUCAAUCCAUUAUUCUUAUUCUCUCCCUCAAUCCGAGUCUUCAACAGCUCCAAACUAUCUAAUCCUUAUCACUUCAAUUGUUCAUUAUCCAGUCGUCAACUUAAACAAAUUACAGUCUUAUUAUACUCUAAAUCUUCCAAUGUUCCCUGCCCUGUGCCUAAGUACCCCCAAAACCACACCACCAUCAGAAUCGUUAGGUAUUGGUAUAGAAAGCCAUGCAAAUUCAAAGCAUAUAGGAGUCAAUUAUAUGAUUAUUGGCCCUCUCACUGCCAAAUAUCGCCCUGUCAUUGCUAAGGCUGCUAAAGAAGACCAAAACACCAAACCGAAUAGUAUGAUUUGUGCUGACUGUGAUGGGAAUGGAGCUGUUCAAUGCUCUCAAUGCAAAGGUAAUGGAGUGAACUCUGUUGAUGUUUUCAAUGGACAGUUUAAAGCUGGUGACUCCUGUUGGCUUUGCGGAGGAAGGAAGGAGAUGUUAUGUGGAAAUUGCAACGGGGCAGGCUUUGUUGGUGGCUUCUUGAGCACUCAUGAUCAGUAGGAACAGAGUCCUUGAAUUGCUGAGAAUACUUAUUAUAUGUCUGUGCACAUAUACAUGUAUAUUAAGGCCUCGAAUACUUUCACUCUGCAGAUUUUGUAGUUGGUAUUUACUGAGUUCAUUUCAAGACUUUAGUGGUUGUUUAAAAAAAAAAGAGCUUAGUAUCAUAGUUAUCUGUCCAUUAUAGACUCUGGUAGCUGUCACAUCUCUCUGAAAUUCCUUUCAUUAAAACAAAACUCAUCAUAUUAGCUUUGGUAGUCCUUUCGAGAUUACUUAAAGUUACUCAACCCAAUGGGGGACUAUAUAUUUUAAGCACUUGGGGAAUAGGAACACCUAAGUAUAAUAGAGACAGGAAAGGGAUCCUCUUGUACAAGUCAUGCUUCAAUUUUGGGUCAGUUUCUUUUAUGAUGAUCAUCAAAUAUACAAGAUUUGAAGGUGAAAAAAAGUCAUUGUUAAGUAAAAAUGAAUAAGAUAACUCAUCAUAUUAGCUUUGGGACACUGCCUUCAAUUGUUUCUCCAAGACAUUUUCGACGAGAACUGCUGGUCUGCUUCUUGAGGAUCCUCCUGAACUUAUGAAAGCAACUCUACCAAUGAUUGAUCAAUUGCAUGGUUUUGCACAAGGAUGUUAGUAGAGUUGAGUGGAUGAGAAUAAAAGUAAAUAAAGGAAAAAAAAAUGCUAUU